AUGCCAGGUCUGUCCAAGGAGGAGGUGUCGGUGAAGCUGGAGAAUGGCAGUCUGGUGAUUCGCGGAGAGCACAAGGUGGAGGAGAAGGGCGGAGAGGAGGGAGAGGGACUCUGGGAUGCGCGCAUCGCCAAGUCUUACCAGACUACUCUGGCCCUUCCGGACAACGUUCUCACGGAUCAGAUUAAGGCGGAGAUGAAGAAUGGUGUGCUCACUGUCACUAUGGCCAAGGAAGAUCCGCCCGAGGCUGCUCCCUCUGCCAUCGAGAUCCCAGUUGCUUGA